AUGGACGCCGUACAACAACCCGUUGCUCAGCAAUUGCCCAAGCAAUUGUCUGCACCAAAGGUCACACCUCAGCAAAAGAAGAAGAUUACACCAGGUAUCUCUCUCGCUGCUGGUGCUGUCGCUGGUGGUAUUGAAGCCACCAUCACAUACCCUUUUGAGUGGGCAAAGACUGUUGCUCAAUUGGGCGCAAAGCAACCUGGCGUCAAGGCAUCGCGAUCGCCUUUUUCCGUCAUUGGAACCACUAUUCGAUCUGAUGGAGUUCGCGCCAUCUACACUGGAUGCUCUUCCUUGAUUGCUGGAACUGCUGCCAAGGCUGGUGUUCGUUUCUUGACUUUUGACACAGUCAAAGCUCAAUUGGCCGACUCAAAUGGAAAGCUCACCCCAGGAAAGAAUAUCCUUGGUGGUAUGAUUGCUGGUGCUGUCGAGAGUGUGACUGUCGUUACACCCACUGAGCGUAUCAAGACUGCCCUAAUUGAUGAUGCGCGAUCAGGAACAAAGCGUCUCAAUGGCGGUUUCCACGCUCUUCGCACAAUUGCCGCUGAGCGAGGUGUCCGUGAGAUCUACCGUGGUCUUACUUCCACAACCCUCAAGCAAUCCGCCACAUCUGGUGUGCGAAUGGGUUCUUACAACAUCCUUAAGGAGCUUGUCGGCCCUGAUGCUAAGAACCCUUUCAUCACUUUCGGAAUUGGUGCCGUCGCUGGUGUCAUCACCGUUUACGCGACACAACCUUUUGACACCAUCAAGACGAGAUCGCAAUCUGCCAAGGGUGUCUCUAUGGGCGAGGCCUUCCAAGCUGUCAUCCGCGAUGGAGGCGUGAGAGCUUUCUGGAGUGGAAGCACCAUGCGAUUGGGACGACUGAUUCUGAGCGGUGGUAUUGUUUUCACAGCUUAUGAGAACAUUGCCGCGCUUCUGAUGGGUGGCAAAUAA